AUGCUGGAGAAUGAGGGGGACGUGGCCUCUCUGGGUAAGGAGCCUCCUUCCUCGAGUCUGGAGCAGUCCUUCCGGGACAUUUUCUUGUCACUCUUCUUUUGGGGUGGAGGGGCAGGUGGGGAGCAGGUUUGUUGCACAAGAGCUGCAAAUGUACUUUAUUCUUAAUGCCAUCCAUUUUUAUCCCAACCUUUCCCCCUCCAAGGAGCGCAAUGUGGGGCACACGGGUCUCCCCCUCAUUUAAUCCCCACAAGAAGCCCUAAACGGCCUGGGCCCCAUAUACCUAAGGAGCAUCUACAUCCCAUCAUUUAGCCAGGACACUGAGGUCCAGCUCUGAGGGGCUUCUGCUGGUUCCCUCAACGUGAGAAGUGAAGCGAUAGGGAACCAGGCAGAGGACCUUCUUUGUAGUGGUGCCCUCCUGUGAAACACCCUCCAGUCAUAUAUCAAGGAAAUAAAUAACUAUAUAACCUUUAGGAGCCCUGUAUCAGGAAGUUUUUAAUGCUGGACAUUUGAUUAUGUUUUUAUAUGUUCUGGAAGCUGCCCAGAGUGGGUGGGGUGACCCAGUCAGAUGGGUGGGGUUCAGAUCAAAAAGUAUUAGCUUCCCAGGUCCUAGUCGGGCACUUUAACCACUGCGCUGCACUCUAGCUGUGCAAAAUGGGUUUGCUGGCAUGUGAGGGACUCCCACCAGCGUAACAGCAAUACUCCAGAAGUGCCAACCGAGUCCCCUCCCUGGGGUCCUGGCAGUGCAGUCCUGACCCCCCACCCUGCAGCCAUCUUCAGCCGUCCUCCCUUCUCCUUCCAGCACAGAGCAAAGGACCACCUUGCCCCCCGCAAACAUGCAGCCCCUAACCCAAGGUACUGUUUAGUUAUGGGUCCUCGAUGAGCGGUCAUUGGGGAUAGUUUGGACCAUAAGGCCGAAUGCUUCCUCACUUCUUCUUUCUCCUCUUCUUCCUUCUUCUUCCUUCUUUCCCGCAUAGCACUGCCGCUUCCCAAGACGAGCCUCAUCGCCAGCGCAGAGCAAGCGGAAGAGCCCAGGACGCCACAAUAUCAGAUCUCAGACGGAACAGGGGCUGCCAUUUUGGACACCAGCUCAGGUGAGGCAGUUUGGGUGGGAUGACGAGUCCGUUCAGUGUUUCUCCUCCCUUGCUGAGAAUGGGCAAGAAAAAUGUUCUCUGUUACUUCAUUUUAAAAGGCUCUUUCACUGGUUAUACCUUAUGCAGUGGGUGUUGUGGGUGGGUGGGGAGAAGUGGUAUGACCUCCGUCUCUCACGCAUCAUCUGAUCCAAUGAUUUCAGUCUGGAUUCUGAAGCUACUUCUCAGCCAUCUUCAAACCCUGAUUCCACUUUCUUCACUCUCUCUGCAGGAGACUGGAGGAGGAAACACUUCUGCCCAGAGAGUGGCCAAUGCUUUGCCUUCAGUUUGGCUCUUGCUAGACACCAGAGAAUCCACACAGGGGAGAAGAUCCAGGAAAGCUCUGAGCGUGGGGAAUGUUUUGGUCAGAGUUCAGAGCUUGUGAGCCCUUUGGAAACCCCUGUGUCUUUGGAGUUCAGGAAGGUUCUUGCUCAUCAGCCCAUCGUUCUGAUCCACCGGAACAUCCAUGCAGGAGGAGAUAAGCCAUAUCGCUGCUUGGAGUGUGGGGAAGGUUUUCCCCGACUCUCAGAUUUUGUGAAACAUGAAAGAGGCCACACAGGGGAGAAACCCCACAAAUAUGGCAAGAGUAGGAUUGGGUUCCCCAAGAGAUCACAGCUUCAUGGACCCCAUAAAGUCCACACAGGAGAGAAGCCCCACAAAUGCAGUAUGUGUGGGUUAUGCUUUUCUUAUAGGUCAGAACUUGUUACCCAUCAGCGAACCCACACUGGAGAAAAACCCUAUAAAUGCCUGGAGUGUGGGAAAUCAUUUCCUCGCAAGUCAGUCCUUGUGGUCCAUCGGAGGCUCCAUACAGGAGAGAAGCCACAUAAAUGUUUAGACUGUGGAAUGUCGUUUACUUUAGCACAAAGCCUUAUGAGGCACAGGAAAACCCACACAGGAGAGAAACCCUACAAAUGCUUGGAGUGUGGGAAGUCAUUUGCUGAAAAGUCAGGCCUUGUGAUCCAUCAGAGACUCCACACAGGAGAGAAGCCCUAUGAAUGCUGGGAGUGUGGGAAAUGUUUUCCUCAAAAUGCACAUCUUUGGAGCCAUCGGUUGGUUCACACAGGGGAGAAACGGUAUAACUGCUUUGAAUGUGGAAAAAAGUUUACUUCCCAUUCCGGCCUUGUAAGCCAUCAGAAAACCCACACAGGAGAAAGGCCCCAUAAGUGUCUGGAGUGUGGCAAAUGUUUCCCCACAAAUGUAAAUCUCAGGCGACACCAGAGAAUCCACACAGGAGAGAAACCCUAUGAAUGUAGAGAGUGUGGGAAAUGUUUUCAUGAGAAAGCUGAACUUCUGAGCCAUCAGACUGUGCACACCGGGGAGAGGCCUCAUAAAUGUGCGGAGUGUGGGAAAUGUUUUAUUUCAGCAUCACAUCUUGCAAUCCACCAGAGAAUCCAUACGGGAGAGAAACCCUACAAAUGCGUGGAGUGUGGAAAAUGCUUUUCCCAGAAACAACACCUCAAGCAGCACGAAAAAAUCCACACUGGGCAGAAACCCUACAAAUGUGUGGAGUGUGGAAAAUGUUUUGCCAGCAAAUCACACCUUCAUGUACACCAGAGAAUCCACACAGGAGUGAGACCAUAUGAAUGUGGAGAGUGUGGGAAAUGUUUUUCCACUUCAUCACAUCUUAUUAUUCAUAAGAGAGUCCACACAGGAGAAAAGCCACAUAAAUGUUUAGACUGUGGAAUGUCAUUUACUUUAGCACAAAGCCUUAGGGGGCACCAGAAGACCCACACAGGAGAGAAACCCCACAAAUGCUUGGAGUGUGGGAAAUGUUUUUUAAGGAAAGACACCCUUGUCUCCCAUCAGAGAACCCACACAGGAGAGAAACCCUAUAAAUGCUUGGAGUGUGAGAAAUACUUUGCAAGAAAAUCAGAGCUUAACAUGCAUCAAAGGAUCCACACAGGAGAGGAAGCUUACAAGUGCUUGGAGUGUGGGAAAUGUUUUCGUCAGAAAGGGAAUCUUUUGAAACACCAGAGAACCCACACAGGAGAAAAACCCUACAAAUGCAUGGAGUGUGGGAAAUGUUUUUCUUGGUCAUCAUAUGUUCGCAAACACCAGAAAGUCCACACAGGAGAGAGGCCUUACCAAUGUGUAGAGUGUGGGAAAUGGUUUUCACAGAGUGGAAACCUUAGAAAACACCAGAGACUCCAUAUGGAAUAG